AUGCCCCACGACUAUACAUCCCCCACCUUACUACACCCAUACUAUAGCACCGAAAAAGGCGAGCUUAACACGGGGAAAUCUCUCCUCCAAUCAUCACAAUUGAACAAAGGUUCGGCAUUUCCAGACAAUGAGCGAUCAACAUUCAAGCUCCACAGUCUCCUCCCGCCAAAUAUCCAGACACUGGACGAGCAAGUCCAGCGCGCUUAUCAGCAGUACAAAAGCAGAGCUGAUGACCUAGCCAAGAACACCUUCCUGGCUAGCAUGAAGGCGCAGAAUGAAGUGUUGUACUUCAAGCUCGUGCAAACCCAUCUCAAGGAGAUGUUUAGUGUGAUAUACACGCCCACUGAAGGAGAUGCGAUUCAAAAUUACUCGCGGUUGUUCAGGAAGCCAGAGGGGUGUUUCUUGAAUAUCAAUGACCAGGAUCACUUUGAUGAGUAUCUCGCUGAGUUUGGGACCGAGGAGGAUGUUGAUUAUAUCGUCGUUAGUGAUGGAGAAGAGAUAUUGGGAAUUGGAGACCAGGGCGUGGGCGCUAUUCUCAUAUCGGUUGCCAAACUAGUUAUUACCACGCUCUGUGCUGGAAUUCAUCCUUCGCGGCAGCUUCCUGUUGUAUUGGACUGCGGGACAGAUAAUGAAGAGUUGCUCAAUGACGCACUCUAUCUCGGCCUGCGGCAGCAUCGGGUCAGAGGGGAGAAGUACGAUGAGUUUGUGGAUAGAUUUGUAAAGACUGCCCGCAAACGAUUCCCGAAGGCUUACAUCCACUUUGAGGAUUUUGGCCUGAAUAAUGCACGGAGAAUACUCGAUCGGUAUCAGUCGCAGAUACCUUGUUUCAAUGACGACAUCCAGGGCACGGGGUGUGUCACACUCGCUGCCAUGUUGGCCGCCCUUCAAGUCAGCCAAGUUAAACUGGAAGAUGUGCGAGUGGUGAUCUUUGGCUCGGGCACAGCUGGUACUGGCAUUGCCGACCAGAUUUCGGAUACGAUCGCCACUGAGACACGGAAGUCAAAGGAUGAAGCGUCUAAGCAAAUCUGGUAUCUUACCACGAGAGAGGGAGACAACGCCCCUACUAACACUGCUUUUUCAUCUAGGUGUAUCGACAAGCCUGGUCUUCUGGUAAAGUCCCUCGGUGAUAAGUUGACCGAAGGCCAAAAGUCUUUCGCACGAGACGAUGACGGGUGGCCGGACGAUGAUCGAGAUCUUUUGUCGGUCAUCAAAAAGGUCCAUCCCCAUGUGCUUAUCGGGACAUCAACCAAGCCCGGAGCAUUCACCGAAGAUAUCGUUCGUGCAAUGGCCAGGAAGGUAGAACGACCAAUUAUAUUCCCCCUUAGCAAUCCGACACGACUACACGAGGCGAAGCCGGUUGAUCUCUACGAAUGGACCGAUGGGCGAGCCCUCGUUGCCACAGGCAGUCCAUUUCCGCCAGUUACCCACAACGGCACGAAAUAUGACAUCGCGGAGUGCAACAACUCGACUUGCUUCCCCGGCAUUGGUCUUGGAGCAGUCCUCUCGCAGUGCCGUCUCGUUUCGAAGAAGAUGCUAGUCGCUGCCGUGGAGGCACUCAAGGCGCGGUCACCGGCCCUGAAAGACUCCAAUAAGCCUUUGCUCCCCGAUGUGGAAGACGUGCGUGAAAUAAGCGUGGAUAUUGCUGCGGCUGUGAUCUUGUGUGCUGUGAAGGAGGGACUAGCACAGGCAGAGGGUAUUCCUACCACUAACUCUGAGCUGCGAGAGUGGAUUCAAGUCCAGAUGUGGGAAGCUGAGUAUCGGCCUUUGGUCUAUAAGAAUUAA